CAGCGUCGCUCAGCCGGCUCUCAGCUUUCCGCAGAGCCGAGCAGGAGUGCACCGCCGCGGGGGUGAAGGAUGGCCUCAGUUGCCACUCGCAAUCAGAGCCCGGUGUGGGGGUGAAUCCCGGCGGGUCUCGGGUUUCUUCGCAGCGGGUUGUUCCCCCUCCCCGAGCAUGAGAAGACAGCCCGCAGCAGCAGCCGGGUCGCUCUCUCACUACUACCGGACGGACUGCAAUGCGUGUUGCAGACCAAGAGUCCAGGAGGACGCCGGGCGGCUCGUGUUUGAGGAGCUCAUCCGUGAUGUGCACGAUGAUCUGAAGGACCCGAGAAGUGACACGAACAGCAGCAGAAGUCUCCCCGGCGUCGCCGUCUAAUUGGCCGCCCGCCCGGCACAUGAUGGCCAAUAACAACGAGCUACAAAGCGAUCCAGGCGGGCUGUCGGUGCUCCAGCAGCUCGGCCUGGACCAGAACUCUGACUUCUCAGACUCCAGCGUGCAGCAGCGCCUGGACGAGCACCGAGAGAGGAUCCGUAGGGAGAUCCGCAAGGAGCUGAAGAUCAAGGAGGGCGCGGAGAAUCUGCGCAGGGCCACCACCGACAAGAGGAAUGCCCAGCAGGUGGACUCACAGAUCCGCAGCUUCAAGCGCAAGCUAGAGUCCCUCCAGGCUCAGCUGCAGGAGCUGGAAGCGCACAUUGUGGUCAAGGGCACUGAUGACAACAAAGAUGCCCCCAGGUCCCCGGGGUCGCUCAACCGGCCGACGGCCAACCAGCAGCGCAUCGCAGCUUUGGAACGGCAGCUAAACAUCGAGCUGAAGGUCAAACAAGGAGCAGAGAACAUGAUUCCCAUCUAUGCCAACGGAGGCACCAAGGACAAGAAGCUGCUCCAGAUGGCUCAGCAGAUGCUGCAGGACAGCAAGACCAAAAUCGACAUCAUCCGCAUGCAGAUCCGAAAGGCCAUGCAGGCCACGGAGCAAUCUGAGGACGGCCAAAGUAAGCCGGACAUGUGCGGGAUGGAGCUGCGUGUGGAGGAGCUAUGGCAUCACUACCGCGUGGAGCACGCCAUGGCCGAGGGCGCCAAGAACAUGCUGCGACUGCUGGGGGCGGGAAAGGUCCAGGACAAGAAGGCCAUGGCUGAGGCUCAGUGUGGUCUGAGCGAGUCGUCCCAGCGCCUGGACCUGCUCAGGUGCUCUCUGGAACAGAGGCUGCAGGAGCUGCCCGAGGACCAUCCCAAGGCCUGCCUCAUCAAGGAGGAGCUGGUGCUGACCACCUCCUCAGCCUUCAGCUCCCGCCACAGCACCCCCUACGUCCACAACCAGUACAGCACCAUGAGCAAACCAUCCCCACUCACAGGUACUCUUCAGGUGCACCUUCUGGGCUGUGUGGGGCUGCUGGAGGUCGUCCCAGGGCGAAGCAGAGGGACCCCGCUGGUCCUUCCCUCUUACUCCCUGGGAGACGGACGCCCCUCCUUCAAACUGAGUGGCCUCUACAGCCGCAGCACCAGCAGCAUGAGCCUGAAGAUCCCCGGCAAGAAUGAGGAGCUCUCCUCGGAGGUGAGCGCAGUACUCAAGCUGGAGAACACAGUGGUGGGUCAGACAGUGUGGAAGGCAGUGGGAGAGCAGACCUGGGACCAGACGUUCAUUGUGGAGCUGGAGAGAUCCCGGGAGAUGGAGAUCGCAGUGUACUGGAGAGAUUACCGCUCCCUGUGCGCUCUGAAGUACCUAAAGUUAGAGGAGUUCCUGGACAACCAAAGGCACAGAGUCCAGCUGGAACUGGAGCCACAGGGGCUGCUGCUGGCAGAGGUGAUCUUCUUCAACCCUGUGAUAGAGAGAGGCCGAAGACUCCAGAGGCAGAAGAAGGUCUUCUCUAAGCAGCACGGUAAAGCCUUCCUGCGUGCUCGUCAGAUGAACGUGGACAUCGCCACCUGGGUCCGCCUGCUGAGGAACGCCAUCCCCAGUGGAAGCAACGCCCCUGCCUACACUCCCAGUUUCACGGGCAACACACUCACACAGGGCACUGGAGAAAUCUCAGUGGAGAAGCUGAAUCUGGGCAGCGACUCUUCACCCAAAGCUGAAACCCAGAGAGAUGUGGUGGACCCCGAUGCUCCCUUGGAACAGACGACGCCGGCCAUCGAGCCCCCGGCCGCGCCGGAUGUCCCGGUUCACGAGCCGCCAACCAGAUCGCUGUCCCAGAACUCUUUGCGCAGACCCAGCAGAGGCCCUCUGGGCCUCCAGGACUUCAAACUGAUCGCAGUGCUCGGCAGGGGCCACUUUGGGAAGGUGUUGCUUUCGGAGUACAAACGGACCGGCAGCCUGUACGCCAUCAAAGCCCUGAAGAAGGGUGACAUCGUGGCGAGGGAUGAAGUGGAAAGUCUGAUGUGUGAGAAGCGGAUCUUUGAGACCGUCAACGGCUCGCACCACCCUUUCCUGGUCAACCUGUUCGCAUGCUUCCAGACGCCGGAGCAUGUGUGUUUCGUCAUGGAGUACACGGCAGGAGGGGACCUCAUGAUGCACAUACACGCCGACGUCUUUUCUGAGCCCCGCGCUGUGUUCUACUCUGCUUGUGUGGUCUUGGGUCUGCAGUUCCUUCACGACCAUAAGAUUGUGUAUCGGGAUCUUAAAUUGGACAACCUGCUGCUGGACAAGGAGGGUUUUGUGAAGAUAGCCGACUUUGGGCUCUGUAAAGAAGGCAUGGGUUUUGGGGACAGGACUAGCACAUUCUGUGGGACUCCUGAGUUUCUGGCCCCGGAGGUGCUGACGGACACAUCGUACACCAGAGCAGUGGACUGGUGGGGGCUCGGGGUGCUCGUCUAUGAGAUGUUGGUUGGUGAGUCUCCGUUCCCAGGCGAUGAUGAAGAGGAGGUUUUUGACAGCAUAGUGAACGACGAAGUGCGCUACCCUCGCUUCCUCUCCACCGAAGCCAUCGGCGUCAUGAGACGGUUGCUGAGGAGGAAUCCAGAAAGACGUCUGGGCUCUGGAGAAAAGGACGCCGAAGAUGUGAAAAAACAACCGUUCUUUAGGGGCAUCGACUGGGAGGAUCUCCUUCAGCGGAAGCUCCCGCCCCCGUUCGUCCCGACCAUCGGAGGAAAAGAGGACGUCAGCAACUUCGACAUGGAGUUCACAGCCGAGGCUCCCGCCCUCACGCCGCCUCGCGAGCGCCGCACCCUCUCCUGCAAGGAACAGGACCACUUCAAGGAUUUUGACUACGUCUCUGACCUCUGCUAGGGUCAGGGGUCACAGGGGUCGUUAGAUGCCCCGCGGCCAGCCGCAGACUCUGAGAGGAGACACACAAAGAGAGAGAGGAACUUGAAAGUGACGAGAGGCUAAUCCCCUCUUCCUCUUCCUCUCCGUCCGUCUGUUUGCGAUGGGACAAAGAACCGGCUGGGCCGAGCGCCUGUGGGCGGGGCAUCGACGGAGGCGGAUCCCGUAUCCCGCACACUCGCAGUGUCACAGAUCUGCUGACCUAUAGAGACCUGCAGCAGAUGCGUGACACUGCAAGGCUUUUAGAGGAAGGAAGGAAGUGGUGAUGAAGAUAAUCCAGAUUAUGUAACAGAUGGAAAAUGAGAUGAUGGAUCCUGCCGUCUGUCCGACGCGAUGAGGCACAGUGAAGGAAUCGGUGAUUGUGCUGAACCGCUCCGUGAGUCCAAGAGUCAAACGUGAUUAUUCUGACAGGAAGCAGUUUGUCUCUUUUUCCGGCUAGCGCUCCCGUCUCUUGUCCCUUGACCCUUGACCUCUGUUGUUUGUUGCUGCUCAGUGUGUGUUUCGUUGUGUUCGGUGUCUUGAAUGUAUCCACCGUGUCAGCCGCAAUCAUGCACCGCCUGUGCAUUAACACAUGGGGGAGCCAGAGGAGGGAGAAAAGAAGAAGCAGAGCAGGUGGGGGUUCUACCCCAGAGGGGACAUCUUACGUAGGACUCCUCUUCGUCAUCUUCUCAUUCCACUGUUGUUCGGUACAACACAGAUUUUUAACUACAAUCAUUUCUCAAUGACAAAAAAAAUGCUUUUACAGAUUUCUGUUCUUUUUGUGAUUUCUGUUUUGUUCUUUUUUCUCCAUCUUGUGUUUCCUCCUCUGUCAUUUGCUGGUGAAAAAUGUUUAAACUGUGACUCAGUAAAGAUGUGAACCCAACACAGAAGCAUCGA